CCGCGGCAGCGCAGCCCUCGCCCGCCCGUUGGCUGCCGGGAACGGCAUGGCGGCCGGAAGCGGCGCGCGGCCCGCGCGGACGGCAGCGCCGCUGGAGGCGGUCGGAGUCUUUGAAAAAUCCUUAGUGGUCAUGACAUUGUUACAAGUGAGAUAAAUUAGCCAGUGGCUCAGAGGGAUGGAUACCCAGAAGACUACAAAUGGUUUGCGCGUGAUUGGACAAGGGACUGGUAUAGGGAAAUCGACACUCCACAUGGUGGGGUAUUUGGGAAAAAGCCAUGCUCCUGUGGAAAAAACUUCACCUGACUAUUGUCCAGUCUGCAAAGAGAAGGGCCAGGUUCAAGUUUUACGGACUUACCGCAUCAAUUUUCAAGAGUCCAUUUAUCUUUGUGAAAACCCUCAGUGUAUCUACCCACUUGGUUACAAACCAUUCAACAGCAUAAUUAUUUCUGCUGAUUCAGAAAAUCUUCAAGUUCCAUCUAAUGAUAAGAAAAGGAAAUUGUAUGAUACCAGUGACCUUUCUCCUAUUGAAUCAAAUCCAAAACUGACAAGAACUAAUGAUGUGGUAAAUGUUGAGCAGACUAUUAACACAGACCCUGUUGUCAAAAACUGUGGUGACAGCUUAUGUAUCCUUCAGUCGAGUGUAUGUGACGUGUUAGAAAAUGGCCAACAAAAAUCCAGUAACGAGGAAUCCAUCAAUCACAGGGUGGAUUUUGAAACAACCUCCAACACCAAUGGUCAGCAAGAAAGUCCGCCUAAGAAUUUUAGCUCCAGAACACAACUCUUGCCAAACUCUACUCACUGCUCAGCAACAACUGAAGUUUUGCUCAGAGACAGUAACUGUUCCACAAGUAACACAGAUCUAUGUCUUCAGUGGAGAAACAAGUAUAAUCUUUGUUGGUUAGAUUGUGUUUUGUCUGCACUGGUCCACUUAGAAGCAUUAAAAUUUGCUCUAGUAGAAGAUGAUGAAAAAUGUUUACUCCAAAGGCUCUUGACAAAAUACAAUCAAGCAACUGUUCUGCUGAAUACCUGUAAAAGGAGUAAAGUAAAAGAUGUUCUUCCUAAAGCAGAAUUGCUUCUCAAUGAAAUAAGAAACCAAAUUUUUAUACAGCUUCAGCCACAGCUUAGGUGUGAAUUAGGUAAGGAGGAAAGUCCAGUGUUCGCACUCCCUCUCCUCUUAAAACAGGAUCAGCAAGCUGAGAAACUGUUUUUGCAUUCAUUUUCAUGGAAGUUUGAAUGCAUGUGCUGUGGCUACAAAUACCUGGACCGAUGUAGGAAAACACUAACAACGUUCACAAAUGUAAUCCCUGAUUGGCAUCCACUUAAUGCUGUUCAUGUUGCUCCGUGCAAUAACUGCAGUGAUAGAUCUCAAAGAAGACAGAUGAUUUUGGAAAAAGUACCCUCAGUACUAAUGUUCCAUUUCGUAGAAGGCUUGCCACAUAACAACCUGAAGAGUUACUCAUUUCAGCUUGAAGAAGAAAUCUACCAAAUAACAUCUGUUAUUCAGUAUGAAAUGCGUAAGAAGCACUUCAUAACCUGGUCAUUGGAUCCUGAUGGAACUUGGCUUGAAUGUGAUGAUUUAAAGGGUCCGUAUUGCAGGAGACACAAAAGAUUUGAAGUUCCUCCGACAGAGAUUCAUAUUGUCAUCUGGGAAAGGAAAGCAUCCCACUUGCCAGAAGAACAGAAUUCACGGCAUCAGAGUAAACAUAUUGAAGAUUCUACUAUUAAUAAUGUGCAGUUAAAUUCCACAGUGUUGCACCACGGUUUUGAUAAUGCUGUACACAGUAUACCUGCAGAAGAUCACAAAGAAGAUUCUGUGAGAAUUCCAGAUGAGAAACAGCAGCGGGUAGCUGAGGGUGAAAGGGCACACUGUGGCUUAGAAAAUCUUGCCCGUGAUGACCUUGUAGCUCAGAUUCUUGAAGAAACUCCACUUGACUCAGAGGGUAAAUCAAUGCUGAACAGAAAGAUGAUGGAAAAUAACCUUGUUGUUGAAAUGAGCUCAAGGGAAAAGCAAGAAUUGGCUUUUUCACCUAACACUCCCUAUCCAGGGGAGCUCAUUGGAACUGAUGUACCUAUGAAUGAUAAAAACACGCUAUCUGAAAAUUCCAGCAUUUGCUUAUCUCUGCAAGAGUUGAAUCCAGCAAGUAUUACUCCUCCUGUACCCAAAAAACAUGACCCCAACCCAUCUGACUCAUUAUUUGCUCAAAGCACAGAUGGUAAAGCUAACUUACUUAAUGGAGAACGUGGUUUAAGUUCAGGACAAGAGAUAAACUGUAAAUUGCCACCAGUAGAGAAUGUUGUAGAAAAAUCACCUGACCUGAAAGGUGCAAGCAAAAUUGCAGUUCAUUCUCAGGUUACAAGUUCUUCUGCUGAUAAUAAUUCCUUUCAGCCUUCAGAGAAAGACCAAAAAAGAGGAUUUGUAGGAAGCUGGGUAAAAAAACUGUUAAGCAAGAAUACUUCUUUUCUGCCUUCAAGUGCCUCGAUGCCCAAGAAUGAAAGAAGCUGCAAAACUCCCUCCGUGCAGAAGUUAAGUGACACAUGGUUGCCAGUUAAAGGAGCAAGUAACUUUGGUGGAUUUCAAGGCAGAGGUGAACGCAGAGCAUCUCAGUCCCUAACAUCAGUGCUUCCUCGGAGUAAUAAUGCUCACUGUUUAUCGAAGUUCAAAGGAUUUUCUCAAGGCACUUGUCUUCCCCAGAAUCAUAAUGCUACGGAAGGCCUGAAUGGGAAUAAGUCAGGCAGUACUGUGGGUAGCUCUGGUAAAACAACUCAGGUCCAUCCGCCUAGCUAUAAUUCCGUGAAGGCAGAAGAGUCAGAUAGUGACAAAACAAGGAAGCUUCGCCUGAAACUGUUAAAAAAGCUUAAUGCUAAAAAGAAGAAGUUGGCUUCACUAGACAGGCUAGCAGUGGAACAGGCGAAACGUGGAAAACCUGUUGCUAGCUAUGCAAGUGCCCCUUCACAGACUGAAUCUCAUAAUGAUAGUGAAUUACUGCAGAGCUUUUUAAGGGAACUGCAGUAUCACAUUGAUGCUGCCGAUAAUUCGUCUGAAUUCAGUGUGAACUCAGGAUGCAGUAGCCAUAAUAGUAAUGAUGAAAUACUGGCAGAAUUACUGUCCCCUACUUCAACUGUUGCUUCCUCAGAGGUUCCAAAAAGUGAAGAUGAAUGUAUGUAUAUGGAAAUGGUAAAUAGCAGCAGUGCUGCACCAGCAGAGCCUGCUGAGAAGACCAGCGUAUCUCAUGCAGCACUGACAAGUGAGGACCACAGUUAUUACAGUCCUGAAAAGGGCAGUAAUUAUGAACACACAGUGAGCAAAUCCAGUGUGAAAAAAUUUGGUUUUGAGAGUCCCACAAGGGAAGAUAUCCUUGAAGACCUGUUCUCCAUUUCAGCACCAACCACAAUGGCAGGUGACAUAGAUGUACCUCAUUUUGAUGAGACGCUCUUUGAAACUUGGUGAAUGUUUGGUUUAUUAGGGUUGUGGGUUUUUUUUUCCAACAUUAUGUAUAUUUUGAAACAAAUGGCUAUUAAAUUAUAUUUUCUAACAAGUUUAAUUGCACCCUGGCUGUACUUGAACACUUUCCACUGCAGUUGUUCUUAAAACUUUAUUGUAGCAGGCAAAGUGCUUUGAGGCAUUUUGUUUUUUUAAGAAACCCUUAUUUUAGCAGAUAUAAUGAUGCAUUCAAACACAGCUCCUAUGAGUCUUAACUUUUUUGCUGCUUUUAAUAUGGGAAAUGUACCCAUGUUUUAUUGGGUUUGAAAAAUAACAGACUUCAGUAUUCUAGGUGUUGUAAUGGCAUGAGGAGUACUUUAGGUAACACGGAUCUGUUUUUCAGGAUCACCCAACUCCUGAAGUCUCUUUGUCCAGUAUUUAGGGGAAAAACCCACCAUUCUGUAAUAAUGGAUUUUUGUCUCCUUUGCUGCAAAGAUUGUAUGCAACUCUCAACUCAAAUGGUGAUACUUUGGAGUUUUUGAGAAUUACUGUUCUGUAAGCUCCCCUUCCCUGGAUCCGAAGAAGGACUGAUGCAAAUACUAGUACUUCCCUUUGAACUUAGGGCACCUGCUGGGUUUUCAUCCUGGGUAAUUGAAAAUAUAAUUUGACUGAACAUUAUUCAGAGCCGGGUCAUUUUCUUCAAGUAAAUUAAAUAAGAUCUGGGCUAGAGUUUGCUGUGCUAAGAGAUACCCAAUGUAACUUUUAUUCAUGCAUUGCUGCGAAUUCACUAAUGAAAGAAAGAUUUCUGAGAGUGGAACUGUGAAUUAGCACUUACUGCUGUUGUCCUUAGGGCAGCCCACCCCUAUCUGUAUACAAGCGAAGGGCAAGGAGAGGCAAGAUCCAUAGGACAAAACUUACAGAGAACAUGGCAAGACACACUGAGUAGGAAGAGAGAGAAGAUCACUGACAUUGUGGCGUUUCUGGGUCUGUGUAUGGCUGUCAUUUUGCUAGGUGGGAGUCUUUGGAAAUCGCGGAUAGAGAGGUGAGGUUCUGUCUGCUGAAUUGGAGUAACUGUAUGUUUUUCUAGUACGUGUGAUAAUGAGAAUUUCAUCAGCAAGUCUUUGUUUCAGUUACUUCUAGAGGUACUCUAUAUUUUUUCCUUUCUAUCCUGAAUUUAAAAUGUCUUAUCUUCAAAUAGAUGUGUUUUGAACAUAAUUGUCAUUACAAAGCAUGGCUACAGAUGUAAAUGGUCCUUGAUAGCUUGAACCAGGUUCAGUAAGUGAUUGAGAAUCUGUCAAUGGCACUGAAUGCACCUUGACAAGUUGUUUCUGUUGUAAUUGCAUACAUGUUUAUUGAAUUGGCACUUCAGACAAUUACUGGUUUCAUUCUUGGAGUCUUUGUAAAGAGGUGGAGCUCCUCUUUGUUUUAGAUAUUGUGACUGGUACGUUGCAAUAAAAAAUCAGUGGGUUCUCCAUGUGAAGUACCACUGUUCUGCUGGUGAAA